ACUGUCGAUCACGGGCAAGAAAACGAUCCUUGUUUUGGACAUUCUUGGGAAAACUCUCUCUCUCUCUUCCUCUUUCUCUCCCUUUCUCUCUCUUCAUCUGAGACUUCACACAAGAACAGAGAGAGAGAGAGAGGGAAGUGUCUGUGAAAGGGAGAGGAAGGCUUCUCUCUCCCUCUUCUCUUUUCUAAUUUUCUUCUCCUCCUCCCUCGUUCUCUCUAUAAUUUUUCUUCUUUGUUGGGUUGCUUUGAGGGGCGUUUGACCGAUCCGCGUCCUUCAGCAAUGGUGGCUGGUGACGCGCUAUAUUCCUCCUCUCAUCCGCUUCUCCGUCCUCCUCCAAACCCCUCCUUCCCUUAAAUUCCCCCUCCUCCAUUUUCUUCGCAAUUCGCAUUCUCUCUCUCCCCUUCUCUGAAAUUCUUGAUUUUUCCACCUCCUCGCCCUUCUCCGCGUUUUCCCGGAAAGAAAGGCGAGAACUUUCGGAUCUUGCCCUUCAUCUUUCUCCGAUCUGGUCUCGACCCAGUUCAGGAUUUCCGCGAUUCUUGGGUAAAGUCGGGUUCUUGCCCGCCUCAGAUCUGCGGGUUCGCUGAAAUCCUAGAGAUUCGGACGCCCGGAAGAGAUCUCGAUCGCCACCCAUGGGGAACUGCUGCGCCACGCCCCAAGCCGAGGGCGACGAGAAGAGGGGCAAGAAGAAGCCGAACCCUUUCGCGAUCGACUACGGCGUCAAUUUCAACGUCAACGGCGGGAGCCACAAGCUCGCCGUGCUGAAGGAUCCGACCGGGACCGACAUCGGGCUCCGGUACGAGCUCGGCCGGGAGCUCGGGCGCGGGGAGUUUGGCAUCACGUACCUGUGCACGGACAAGGAGACCCGCGAGGAGCUCGCCUGCAAGUCGAUACUGAAGAAGAAGCUGAGGACCGCUGUGGAUAUCGAGGAUGUGAGGAGGGAGGUGGCGAUCAUGAAGCACUUACCCAAGCACCCGAACAUCGUGACCUUGAAAGACACGUACGAGGACGACAACGCGGUGCAUUUGGUGAUGGAGUUGUGCGAAGGAGGGGAGUUGUUCGACCGGAUCGUCGCGAGGGGACACUACACGGAGCGUGCCGCCGCUGCAGUGAUCAAGACUAUCGUCGAAGUUAUUCAGGUUUGCCACAAGCAUGGGGUGAUGCAUCGGGAUCUUAAGCCCGAGAAUUUCUUGUUUGCAAACAGGAAGGAAACAUCACCUUUGAAGACAAUUGAUUUUGGGUUGUCGAUGUUCUUUAAACCUGGUGAUAAAUUCAGCGAGAUAGUUGGAAGUCCUUACUACAUGGCUCCAGAGGUGCUUAGAAGGAAUUAUGGCCCAGAAGUGGAUGUCUGGAGUGCUGGAGUGAUCCUUUAUAUUUUGCUUUGUGGUGUCCCACCUUUUUGGGCAGAGACGGAACAAGGUAUCGCCCAAGCUAUUAUCAGGUCGGUUGUGGAUUUCAAGAGGGACCCUUGGCCAAAAGUUUCACCUAAUGCAAAAGACCUUGUGAAGAAAAUGCUGGAACCUGAUCCGAAGAGGCGCCUUUCAGCUCAGGAAGUUCUAGAUCAUCCUUGGGUACAAAAUGCAAAGAGGGCUCCUAAUGUUUCUUUGGGUGAAACUGUGAGGGCAAGGCUCAAACAAUUCUCUGUGAUGAAUAAGCUCAAGAAACGAGCUCUUAAGGUAAUAGCUGAGCAUCUGUCUGUGGAGGAAGUUGCUGGCAUAAGGGAGGGAUUUCAAUUGAUGGACACAGACAAUAAGGGCAAGAUAAAUGUUGACGAGCUACGAGUUGGUUUACACAAGCUUGGUCAUCAGAUCCCUGAUGCAGAUCUUCAAAUUCUAAUGGAUGCUGGUGAUGUUGACAGGGAUGGAUAUCUUGACUAUGGAGAAUUCGUUGCUAUAUCUGUUCACUUGAGAAAGAUGGGCAGUGAAGAUCAUCUGCAAAAGGCAUUCGAGUUUUUCGAUCGGAACCAAAGUGGAUACAUAGAGAUUGAAGAAUUAAGGGAUGCCUUGGCCAAUGAAGUUGAUACUAGUGAAGAAGUUAUUAGUGCCAUCAUGCAAGAUGUAGAUACGGACAAGGAUGGGCGUAUCAGUUACGAAGAGUUUGCUGCGAUGAUGAAGGCCGGCACAGAUUGGAGAAAAGCAUCGAGGCAGUACUCAAGAGAGCGGUUCAACAAUCUCAGCUUGAAGUUGAUCAGAGAUGGGUCCUUGCAAUAAAAUGAGGCGAAGAUGAGUUGACGAGGGGGUAUAGGGUACGAAUGAGAGGAACGGUGUAACCGUUCUUUGGCUUUUCAGAAAUUAUUUUUCUUUGGUUUUUUCGUUUAUUUUCUCCCCUUCCUUCUAGGGACCCGGGUACGAACAAAUAGAGGAUUUGGGCCCCUGUCUGGUUAAUGUCUUCAGAGGAAUUGAUUUGUGUUUCUUUGUUUUGUUGUUGUGAAUCCCACUGAAAAGAGGGAAGAGGAGUGGUGGAGGUUGGAGAGGAGGUGAUUGGUGAAUGUAAAUAUUGACUUGGCAAAUAUUAUUCAGUAUAGAGACAGUCAAAUCACAUGGUUUUUGUUUAGGGGGA